UGCUGGGCAUGCAUAUUAGCCAAACAGCCAGAGCUACCCACACAAGUGCAGCUAUUGUGCUUUCAGGAUGGUUUGGAUUUAUCAGACCUUUAAGUUCAUUUUCUUAUUCACUUCAGCUUACAGUGAAUGUAUAUCUCAGACCUAUGAAAAUAUGUCCUUCCAAGGAGGAGAUGUGGCUACAGUUUUCACACCGAACUUUGAAUACUGUCGAAUAGUAUGUACUUACCAUCCUAGGUGUCUGUUAUUCACUUACCUUCCAGCAACAUGGACUAAAGAUCCUGCAAAAAGGUUUAGCUGUAUCUUGAAAGACAGCGAUACUGAAAUAUUACCAAAGGUGGGCAUGACCGGUGCAAUCUCUGGACAUUCCUUCAAACAGUGUGACACUCAAAUAAGUGCUUGCAGCAAGGUUGUUCAUAUGGGAUUGGACAUGCAAGGGACAAAUUAUAAUAUGACUACAGCUAACAGCUACCAAGAGUGUCAAAAGAGAUGCACCAAUGACAACAGCUGUCAAUUUUUUACAUAUGCUUCAGGAGCAUUCCACAGUGCAGACUUUCGUAACAAAUGCAUCUUGAAACACAGCAUGAUGGGAACACCAACAAGUAUAAGGCCGCUUAAUAACGUAGCAUCUGGAUUUUCACUAAAACCUUGCCAACUGUCUCAAACAGAUUGUCGUUUGGACAUUUUUCAACACACAGAAUUUUCAGGAAUUAAUCUUACAAGUGUUUUCAGCCCAGAUACAUUAGUAUGUCGAACAACUUGUACUUAUUAUCCAAGAUGCUUAUUCUUUACCUUUUUUACCAGUGAAUGGAAAGUAAAAACUCAAAGAAAUCUUUGUCUUCUUAAGACCUCAAGAAGUGGGGUACCAGGUGACCGUGUAGAAAGAGAAAAUGCUAUGUCUGGUUUUAGUCUUCUAAACUGCAGAAGAUCUUUACCCGCCUGCCAUUCCCGCACUUACAUUGACACACACUUUUUGGGAGAUGAAUUGAAUGUUACCUAUGUUAAAGGAGACAAAGUUUGUCAGCAAGUUUGUACCAACACAGUCCGCUGCCAGUUUUUUACUUAUUCAUGCAACAAGGAAGAUAAAUGCAAAUGCUACUUGAGAAUGUCCUCAAAUGGAUCCCCAACUGGAAUAGUGCAUGAGAAAGGAAAGAUCUCUGGCUACACAUUAAGGUUAUGUAAAAGAAAAGCCAGCACUGUGUGCAUGCAGCCACCAAAACAAGGUGAAAGAGUUGUUGGAGGGACAGUCUCUUCCCUUGGUGAAUGGCCCUGGCAAGUGAGUUUGCAAGUCAAGUCAUCUACUCAGAAACAUUUCUGUGGAGGGUCAAUAAUCAGCAACCAGUGGAUUCUAACAGCUGCACAUUGCAUUGAUAAUCUUGAGAUUCCCAACCUUUGGCGUGUUUAUGCUGGCAUUUUAAAACUAUCAGAAAUAAAGGAGGACACACCUUUCUUCAGAGUCCAAGAGAUUGUUAUUCACCCUCAAUAUGUGAUCGCAGAGACUGGAUAUGACAUUGCCUUAAUGAAACUUGAUAGGUCCAUGAAUUUUACUGAUUUACAAUGGCCCGUAUGCUUGCCAUCAAAAGAAGAAAGAAAUACUGUUUAUACGAACUGCUGGGUGACCGGAUGGGGUUACACAAAAGAACAAGAUGAUGUGCAAGAUACUCUUCAGAAGGUUAAGAUUCCUGUAAUAUCAACUGAAGAAUGCCAGACAAGAUACCAGCAGCACAUGAUAAAUGACAAGAUGAUAUGUGCUGGUUACAGAGAAGGUGGAAAAGAUGCUUGUAAGGGAGACUCAGGUGGGCCAUUAUCAUGUAAACAUGAGGAAAUCUGGUAUGUGGUUGGCAUUAUCAGCUGGGGUGAAGGAUGUGCUCGCCCAGAACAACCAGGUGUCUAUACCAAAGUGGCUGAAUAUGCAGACUGGAUUAUAGAAAAAACCGCAUAGAUCAGAAAAUUCUUUGAAAUAUUUGGAUACUUAAAUGAUGGCAUGAGAUAAUCCUCAAAGCAAUUUUAUGACACAUAUUGAAGUACUGUAAAUUGCAGUCUUCUUAAGUCUAAAACACUGCAGCUAGGUUUAGAAAGACAGAGAAGCAAGAAUGAACUAACUUUAUAAUUGUAUGUAAUAAAAAGUGCAAUAAAAAUAUAACCCUGUUUUAUAGUCCUGAAGUAAUAAAGAAUAUGU